AUGCCUGCACCAGAUACUAAAAUACAAUUGAAGACGAGCUUUAAGCUGUCCAAAACAAUCGAUGUAUUGUACACUGGUGGUAAAGUGUGUAUGACAUCCGAUGAGAAGUAUAUAAUAACAACCGUUGUUGAUACUAUUAUAGUAACCGACAUAAACACAGGCACAAGGAUUGCGAGUCUGGAAGGGGACACAGAACCGAUAACCACAUUCACAACAACGCCGAAUGACAAAUAUCUUAUAGCCUCAAGCAGAUCACUUACAGUACGAAUAUGGGAUCUCCAGGCUGCUCGAAUAUUACGUUCUUUCAAAGCUCAUGAUGCUCCAAUUCUUAUGAUGGCUAACGACACUACCUCGACACUUGUGGCCACUGGAUCGGCUGACAGCACAGUCAGAGUAUGGGAUAUUGAUGGCGGUUAUUGUACCCAUAAUUUUCGUGGACAUGGGGGAGUGAUAACUGCGUUGAAAUUUCAUCCUGAUAUUAAAAGGUUGUUGCUGUUCUCUGGAGCGGACGAUUGCAAAAUUCGCGUCUGGGAUCUAAAAUCGCGAAACUGUCUUGCUGUGUUUGAAAGUCACGUCAGUUUGAUUCGUGGAUUGGAUGUGUCAAAUGAUGGAAAUCUCCUCAUUAGUGGUAGCAGAGACAAGGUCGUUAAUGUAUGGGAUAUAGAGAAUAAGAAGCUAAUCAACACUUUCCCGAUAUAUGAGACUAUUGAAACAGUUGGGAUACUAAAACCAGAGACAACAUUUGGUGUUGAAGAUGAUCACGAGCACAAUGAACUAUUUUACACUGGAGGUGAUAAAGGAAUAGUCAGAAUAUGGGACCUAAAUUCGGGGAAGCUCGUCAAAUCACAAGAACCAGAAAAGAAUACCAACCACGUUGUAUCUGAUAUUAUAUAUUGUACGUUGUCGAACAACCUCGCUGUCAUCACAUCCGACCAGAACAUUCUCAUCUACAACAUUAAUCUUAAUCUUAAACGGACAAAACAAAUCAUUGGAUACAACGAUGAAAUAAUAGACAUUGCUUACAUUGGCCGAGCCAACGAUCACUUGGCCAUAGCCACUAAUACCGAACAAAUCCGCAUAUAUCAUAUCAACACACUCGAUUGUGAUGUUAUAUAUGGACAUUCUGACAUUGUAAUAUGUUUGGAUAGAUCAACAGAUGGAACACUACUUCUCUCAGGAUCGAAGGAUCGUACGGCGAGGUUAUGGACUGUAGACUUUGAAGCAGAGGAAACAAUAAAAUGCGUCGGUAUAUGUAGUGGGCACGCAGAGGCAAUAGGCGCUGUGGCACUGUCAAAAAAGGAUGCAAGCUUUUGCAUAACUGGAAGUAGAGAUAGAACGGUCAAAUACUGGGAUUUGCAAAAGCUUGAUAGAUUAUCAUCGACUGAUAGCUUCAGACCAAAAGCAUUUUACACGCACCUGGCUCAUGACAAAGACAUCAAUUCCAUUGCGAUUGCUCCGAAUGACAAAAUUUUUGCGACUGCAUCACAGGACAAGACGGUCAAAGUAUGGUCAGUGGCAGACGGAACAUUAAUCGGCACGUGUAAUGGUCAUAAACGGGGCGUAUGGUCGGUGCAGUUUUCUUCGGUAGAUCAAUGCCUGCUCACUAGUUCGGGAGACAAGACGAUUAAGAUUUGGUCAUUAUCCGAUUUCUCGUGUUUAAAGACAUUUGAAGGCCAUACGAAUACAGUUCUAAAAGCGUCUUUCCUGACAUCUGGCACGCAGAUUGUAUCAGCGGGUUCGGAUGGCCUGGUCAAACUUUGGACCAUCAAGACAAACGAAUGUGCAACUACCCUCGAUAAUCACACUGAUAAAAUAUGGACUCUUGUUGUAUCCAAAGACGAAAAGACAGUUAUCACUGCUGGCGCUGACUCUUUAAUUAACUUUUGGGAAGAUUGUACCGCGGAAGAAAUGGAAGCCAGAGUCAGAGAAGAAGAGGAAUUGAUAUUGAAAGAACAGGAUUUGGCCAACUUUCUGGCGGUAAAGGAUUACAAGAAUGCCAUCUUGUUGGCCAUGAAUUUAGGGCAGCCUUUUAGAUUGUUGAAUUUAUUCAGUAACAUUAUAAAUGAGAAAGUUGAAGACGAUACAAGUAUAACGGGCUCUCAGGCAAUUGAUGAUAUUAUUGCAUCACUCGAAAUAAAUGACGUUGAAAAGCUAUUGACAUAUAUACGGGAUUGGAACACUAACGCGAAAAGGUCGCGGACAGCACAGACCAUCUUACAUGCUAUUCUCCGAUUUUUUUCAUCAGAACGGUUGCAAGAAAUAAAUGGCAUCAAGGGGCUUCUCGACGGGUUGAUCCCAUACUCUGAACGACAUUAUCAACGUGUAGAUCGAAUGAUGACUGAUUCAUUUAUUGUUGACUAUACUCUACAUGCUAUGGACUUGUGGUCAACUGGUGACGAAUUCGAUGUGGAAAUGAAAGAGGAAUGA